GGCACGCGCAACACCCUAAUUUAACACCAAAUGACACGAAAAAGAACAAUCACAAUAUACCACAACUCAACUAUUAAAACAACACCUAAACACUUUAUUUAAGCUGAACAAGGGCUACGGAGAGGCGCACAGCAUUCUGGGAGUCCUCUACAUGCCCAAACCUCUAGUGUGGUGGCGACGCCACUGUAUAAUCCUAAUGGUUCUAAUGGCGUGCCUUCAGCUUGUAACUUCACUGUAAUUGUAAAGCUACACAGUGCACCUACAUGAGAGCGGAUGUCUCGCGAGGAGUGGCUAAUCUGACGCGCUUGCAAUGUUUUGAGAGGAGCGUGCUGGAGACGAGCGCUGUGUCUCCUGAGCUAAGAAACGUUUAGUCCGCUUAACAAAGGGAAACAAACGGAAAGCUGUUGAAGACUCUGUGAAACGCUGAGGAUAUUUAAGGUGCCGGUUACGCGCUCCAGUUACCGUGAAGGGACUUUUUUGAGGUGUCAGGACGGAGCCCUUUAUGCAGUGUAACGUAAGUAAUUUCAUGUGGUGAAUUAGGGAAGGCACAGAAGAUUUUACUUUGAAUAACGGCGGGCCACAACAGUUAACCCCGGGUUCAUAACGUUACUAAAAGACUCAUUUACACCAAAUGGGUUCAUGUUCGCUGAGUCCCCCUGUCUGCCUAUACCUCUAGCGACUGAACUGGUUUGAUUAGUCCAGGAUGCUGCUAUGGUGAACUAAAUAGCAGCCCAUGAGUCUCCCCCUGAAAAGGGGGAGAGAGAAUUGCAUCUCUACAAUUUACUGGAGGAGAUAGUUGACUUCGACCGUUGCCGUGUUAAAAUUAUGGAAAAUGGAUAAACUCACCAUUAUUUCAGGAUGUUUGUUCCUUGCUGCUGAUAUUUUUGCAAUUGCCAGCGUCGCAAACCCAGAUUGGAUCAAUACUGGAGAAGCAGAAGGUGCUUUGAUGAUGGGUCUUGUUCGGCAGUGCCAGACUAUUCAUGGACGGGAAAAGAUAUGUAUGCCACCACAACUUCCCCCGGAAUGGGCCACCACACUCUUCUUCAUCAUCAUGGGCAUCAUUUCGCUCUCUGUCACCUGUGCUCUGCUCGUGCUGUCACACUGGCAUCAGGAAACAACAAAGUACGCUCGCUGGAUUGCUUUCACAGGAAUGGUCUUCUUUUGCAUGGCUGCCCUCAUAUUUCCAACUGGAUUUUACAUCAAUGAAGUUGGAGGACAACCUUAUAAGUUACCCAACAAUACAGUUGUGGGAUCGUCAUAUGUACUUUUUGUUUUAGCAAUAUUUUUCACAAUUGUCGGACUAUUGUUUGCUGGAAAAGUCUGUCUGCCUGGCUGAUAAAUCUCAGUCACUGAUGGACUUCAGUGUUCCAAAAUCUGAAUUUUUUUCAGUGACAAGAUGGUGUUCUUAAAAGGACAAAUUUACCCCAAGAAGAAGGAAAAAUCAUACACAGUCUUAUCCAAACUGAUGAGACUUGUUGAGGAUAACACUGUCUGCCCACUUGAGAACUAAAUAGAUUAUUGUUAAAUAAAUAGAUAGUAUUUUUUUCAUAUGCUCAGACGUUCAGAACAGAGUGACUAACUUCACAUGACACUCAUGUUGAGAGAAGAGUUGGUUUGAGAGAAUGAAAGAUGCCCUCGGUGGUAAUAUUAUGACAGUGUUGGUAUAAUUUAAGCACAGUCUUAAAUAUAAAAGGUUCUUUGUACAAUGCAAUACACUCCUACACAAAAAGGGUUCCUUAUAGUACCAAAAGGUUUAAGGGUUCUUUUAAACAACCAUAUAAAUAGACAAUACACAUCAGGUUUUUAACAUAGACAAGAGCCAUUUAACCAUGCAAAGAACCAUUUAUGCAUUUAAAUGGUUCUUUGAGUAUUUGCGGUUCUAUAUAUCACUCUUGCCUUAACUAAAGAGCCCUUGAAGAACUGUUUUUUUAAGUGUAACACAAAGGGUUUUAUAUAGUCUCAAAAAGGUUCUCUGACUUAAACAAUUGUAGAACAGUUCUAUGUAUUACAACCCCAUUUCCAAAAAAGUUGGGACGCUGUG